GUUCCAAUUUACACAGCUCUUCCUCCGGGAAGAUUUCCCUGAUUCCUCAGGACUGGUUGAGCUUCCCCUCUACUGCCUCCCAUUAAUAUCCUGUCCUAUUUCUAUCUAGCACUUUCCAUUUUGUACUUUAAUCAUCUGUUUUCUCGUGCCCCUCAUGGACUAUACAUGUUUUUGAGAGUUAAGGAUAGCGUCUUGACUUUAUUUUCCUCUCCUGAAGUGGAAGAUACUUCAGUCCAGCAUCUCAUAGGUUCUCCUUGAGUUGUCAUUAUCUGAGACUACUCACAUAUGCAGCCAUGUGACCAAAACUGGACCCACAUAACAGAGUUUGUUAUGGUGGGCUUUGCUGAGGUGCAUGAAAUGCGCCUCCUCUUCUUUACUCUCUUCUUCACUAUGUACCUGUUCACCUUGGCGGAGAAUUUGGCCAUCAUCCUGGUUGUGGGUUUGGACCACCAGCUAUGUAGACUGAUGUAUGUCUUCCUGACACAGUUGUCCUGCCUUGAAAUCUGGUACACUUCAGUCACAGUGCCCAAGAUGCUGGCUGGUUUUAUUGGGGGACACGGGGGCAAGAAUAUCUCCUAUGCUGGAUGUCUGUCCCAGCUCUUCAUCUUUACCUUCCUUGGGGCAACGGAGUGUUUCCUACUGGCCGCCAUGGCCUAUGACCGCUACGUGGCCAUUUGUAUGCCUCUCCGAUAUGGGGCCUUGGUGUCCUGGGGCAGCUGCAUCCGUCUGUCAGCUGCUUGUUUGCUGGUUGGCUUCCUCACCCCCAUUUUGCCCAUCUACCUCAUGUCCCGACUGACAUUUUGUGGCCCCAAUGUCAUUGAUCACUUCUUCUAUGAUGCUUCACCCCUGCUAGCCUUGUCCUGCUCGGAUGUCACCCUGAAGGAGACCACAGUCUUCCUGGUCUCUCUGGCUGUGCUCCUGACCUCCUCCACAGUCAUCGCUGUGUCCUAUGGCAACAUUGUCUGGACGCUGCUGCAUAUCCGCUUGGCUGCCAAGUGCCGGAAGGCCUUCUCCUCCUGUGCAGCCCACCUGACUGUGGUGAGCCUCUUCUAUGACACUCUCUUCUUUAUGUAUGUCCAGACCAAAGUGGCCGCUUCCAUCAACUUCAACAAGGUGGUUUCUGUCUUCUACUCCAUCGUCACUCCAAUGCUCAACCCUCUCAUCUACAGUCUUCGAAAGAGGUGA